GAGUUAGUGCGGCUCUUGUAAAAAGACUAGUGGUAAUGAAUGAGCUGGAGAAGUUAUUAAGUAAAGCUACAAACCCGAUAUCAGAUCAGUAUGACUCUGACACCGUGAAUGAAAUUGCAAAGCUGAUUGAUACUCAACCUAAUGGUCCAAUCUUUACUCUCCGACUUCUUGCCCAUAAAAUUAAGUCUCCACAUGAAAAAGAAGCUCUAAGCUCUUUAAUGGUAAUAGUUAUCGCUCUUUUAUAAGUUUUAGCUGUUAGAGUUUUUAUCCAAGCGUUGUGGUCCAACAUUUAUUUCCGAACUUGGAAAGUUCAAGUUUCUCAACGAACUAAUAAAAGUUCUCUCGCCCAAGGUAAAGUUGAAAAUUACGAGAUUUUUAUGAAAUCUGCCAUGUGAGAGAACAGCAUUUAUAGAUCGCACUAUUUUUCCCAUGUGUGGGUCUGAACAUAUCGAAGCUUCUUCUAUGUUAUUGUCCUUUCAUAGUCAGUUGUAGUAAAAUUUCAGCCUUAAUUUCCAUUUUUAAAAAAAGUGGUAUGAUAUUUUUCGCCAGUUCUUUUACAAACGGCAAUAAUAGACUCACCUAACACUAGAACUCUUGAAUAAGUCCUGUGAAAUGUUUUUGUCCGAAUCCAUAUUUAUUAUUACUUCAAUAGUUUUGUAGGUUGACUGCCUCUCUCUUGUGAAAGUCUUUUAAAACCUGUUGAAUUAGAUGCCGAUGAAACGUCCUGAAUGAUAUGAUGGACCUUUAUAUUCUGCUGAAUUACGGCACUUGUAAUACUCGAUUGUCUUCUUACGGUUAGUCGUACUGGAUAGCAGUUCACUUUUUCUCGUUCUAUAAGUUUUGGUUUCAUCUAUCCUUCAAGAUCAACUGUCUUAUUUGAAAUUAUCCGGCGUUCUCCGUAUAUUUUUCGAUUGUUUUCUAUUCAAUUCCCUUCCGUGUGCUGUUUUAAUAUUUGAUAAUGUAAACGACCCUUACUUUCGUUUAUCGUUAAUUUUCAAUGUAAACUAUCACCUGGUUUAACAUGUGUUCUUUUAUACUUUGUUAUAUGACUUUAAAUACUGCGAACUUUUGCGUUUUAAAUUCCCUUUGUUUAUAACUAAAAUUUCAGUCAGUACACAUUUCACAUUUCUACAACUUCUGGUUUUUUACUUUUUAGUAUCUUGGUGACCAGACAUCUUCAUGUGUAAAAAACAAAUGUGCUCAGUUGCUUCAUAAUUGGCAACGUGAUUUCUCACCAAAUGAACCGAAGUUUGCUGAGGCAUACAACAUGCUUGUUCGAGAAGGUAUCAUAACUGCAAGUCAGAUAGUUUCUACUGACUCCGUUUCAGAGGUUUGUCGCUCAGGCUCUUCAGCCGCUGAAAAUAGGCAAAAUAUUUUUGAACGUAACAAAAAAUCAGAGCGUUUAACCCAAUUACUUCGUAGUCGUAACCCAGCUGAUCUACGUGAAGCGAAUGCGCUUAUCAAGAGUAUAGUUGAAGAAGAUCAAGUACGUAUGGAAAAAGUAAGCCAAAGAACUAGUGAAAUGGAAGCUUUAAGGAACAAUACAAUAUUAUUAGAAGAAAUGAUUGGGACAUAUUUAUUAGGUGAAAGUACUGAGGCUGAAUUAGAAUUGAUGAGUGAAUUGACACAGAAUAUACGUAGAGCACGUCCGUUAUUAUAUAGUUUCUCUUUAACACAUGAAGAACAAGAUAUUGAAACAUUGACUGAAAUUGGUCAAAUAUGUGACAAAGCUAGUGAAGUUUUAGCAAAUUAUGAACAAAAAAUAGCCAAACAAAAGUCAUUAUCCUCAUCAAAAUCAUCAUCUAUAACUAAGGAUAAUUCUUCUUCUUCUUCUCAAUUAUCAUCAAAUGAAAAUCAAUUGUCAUCAUCUAAUCAUAUUACUGAUCUUUUAACACAAGAUUUAAUGAAUUUAGGCUUAUGUGAUGAUUUAAUUACACCUAUCCCAUCUUCUAAUGCUAAUCUAUACUCUCCAGAUGUUUUAUUAUUGAAUACUUCAGAUUCAUUUUUUGUUAAUCAUCAUAAUUCGUCAUGUAAUCAAGUAUCGCGUCCAAUUGAACCAAAAUAUUCAUUGAACAGUAGUAAUAAUACUAGUAACAAUUUUAUUGGCAAUAAUCCUGGUAUUAGGAAAAAAUCAAACUAUGAUGACUUACAGGAUAUUUUUUCCACAAAUGCUACUAAUACUUCUACUACUACUACUACUACGACUUCUGGGUCAACAGUACUCUCUACUUCGUCAACGCUUUACCCAUCAAUAUUCAGUUCUGUAGACUCCAAAACAUCGAAACAAUCCUUGUCUCCUGAACAUGGAUCUUCUGUAAAUUCCAAUCACAACGUCUUCAGCGAACUAGAUAGUUUGAGUCGUCAAAUGCUUAACUUAUCAAAAACAAAUGCUUUGACAGAUACAAAUCUAUCAAUAUUACUAGCAAAUAAUUCUCCAAGUAAAAUAAAACCCGAUGAUGAUGCUGAUGAUGAUAACACAUCCCUAUGUAUUAAUGACGUAGUUGUAAGCAUGAAUAACACUCCCACCAGUAAUAAUCACAAGGUGGAAGAAGUAACACAAUCAGAAGUUACAACACAAAGUGUAAUUGAUCUUAAAUCAUUUGAUAUUCAACUUUCUUCUGUUCAACCUCAUUCAAUACAUAAAACACCAUUGACACUUUAUCCAACUGAUAUAUCACAAAAAAAUGACAGUGAUGAUAAUACUUAUAACAUACAAUUAACACUACAUUAUGCUAAUAAUAAACCACAUCCUGAAGUGAUGGUUUUUGUUGCUGUUAUAUCUAGUCGAAAUGUUUUACCCAUUACUGAAAUCAAUGUUAGAUUUGGUGUUGAAAAGCCUUUUAAAAUACGACAACUUAUUGCAUCUGGACAAAAUCUUCCAUCUUAUACAACAUUUCUACCACCUGCAUCAAUUAGUCAAGUAUUAUUAAUUUAUAAUCCAUCUAAAUUAGAAAAAUUUGUAUUGAAAUUUCAACUGUCCUUUAUAUUAGAUGGUGAAUCGAUUCUAGAAUCUGGGAAAUUAGAAUUACCAUGUGGUUGACAUUAUUAUUAUUAUUAUUACUACUACUACCACUAUCACCACUACCACCACCACCACACAUUUCCAUGUUAUUUUUCUUUAUUCUCAAUUGAACAUUUAAGAGGAUAGAUGUUCUCCCCGUGAUAAUGAUAAUAAUAUAAAUUUUAUUAUGUAAAAGUAUUUGUCAUUUCCCUCUGAUUGAUGAUGGAUUGUUUGACAUGUGAAAAAAGAAGAUGAAUGAUACUUCCCUUUGGCAAAAUUUACACUGAAUCUAGGAAAAAAAUGGAAACAGACAAAAAAAGCUUUGUGAUAAACUUUUAUACAGUUAUCUGUUAAUUUGUUAAUUGCUUCUUGUAAAGUUUCCUUAGUUUUUUUCUCAUCUCUCAUUGUCUUCAAUAAAAGGUUUAAGCAGAUAUUUCUAUUUAUGCUUUUUCAACUAAUCUAAAGAUGCUACUGAUUUAAAAUAAGUAGUAAAAUGUAUUUUAAUAAAUUUAUUUGUAAUACUGGUAUUCCUGUGAAGUUUCAGAUUUUGAAAUGUCACUCUUGUUUGUUCUCUAAAUAUUUAUUCACAUCUAUUGUCAGUUUUGUUUGUAAAUCAUAUAUGCUCUUUUUUAAUGAAAUGUGCCGAGUUUACUUCAACUAACUGUCUUCUAUUUUGUUUGGUAUUACUUAGUAAUCUAAUUCAAUGUGUAAUUCAAUUUAUUCUAAAUUGUUUUGUCAUAACAAAAGCUAAAUCGCUUCACAGACAAAAAGGAUUAUAUAUAUUGUCCUUCGGAGUCAAAUGAUCUAUCUUUGGCUAUUUCUAACUGUUCAAUAUGUUUAUUCUUUUGAAUUGCUUGUUUUUUGAUUCUUUCAGUAUCGACUGUAUUCUAUUCUGUUAUCUUUUUUUCUUCUAUAGUCAUGAAAGUUUUUCAGAUGAUUACUUGAAGCAAGCAAUAAAAUCUUAUUGUAAUACAAUACUAAUAUGGCUAUAAUUUAUUAACAAUCGUUCUUUUUUCCAUCAUUUUUUGAUGUAAUGUGAACUAUUUUCUUUGAAGCCUGAGUUUAGUUUCAAAUAUAUCCAUAUAUAUGUGGGUAUUAGGAUCUGUUAGAUUUAACUGGCACGAUUAUUGUGCUCAUAUAAUAUGAGUAAUACGUGUUUAUUUUGUAACCAAUGGAAAUAACUACUUUAUGUUUAUAAAAUUUCGGUAAUUGUGGUGAUUUAUUUU